GUCGACGUUCCAGGGUCGGGAAAACAAAAGGUAUGUCCCAAAUUUUUCGGUAAAAUACUCAAAUUUCCCCAGAGUUUACAAUUUGAGAUUGUGUACUGUGCAACUUCUCAUUCACGGCUGGUGGGGUUACCGUUUUGUACGGUAUUCCGGUAUUUUUGAGCAAGUAUAUAUACGAAAAUUCCCAGCCUGAGAAUCGACGUUCGCCGUGUUAGCCGAGCACCCAAGGGGGUGGCACGAAUCGACUCUGGUUUUACUUUUCAUUAAACACGAUGGCAUCGGGAGCACCCCAGCAUCAACCUACAAAUUCCAGUGAGCUACAGCUGUAUAGAGUUUUAGAAAGAGCCAAUCUGUUGGGAUACUAUGAUAAUUUCAUACAGCAAGGAGGGGACGAUGUCCAGCAGCUAUGUGAAGCUGGAGAAGAUGAGUUUCUUGAAAUCAUGGCACUAGUUGGCAUGGCAACGAAACCAUUGCAUGUUAGACGUUUGCAAAAAGCUCUCCAAGAUUGGGUUUCCAAUCCCUCGGCAUUCCAGCAACCUGUGGCCACAUCAACCAAAACAGUAACACCGCCACCUCGGUUGAUUGUGACUAGUAAUACACCUAGUUGGCAGGCAUCUCCAUUUCAUAGUUUUUCUCCAAUUGGAGUCGGUUCUGUGUCUGAGUCACCAUCGAGUGCAAAAAAAGGAACAGGAGAAGCUGUUGUUGGUGGAUACGUUUUAGAUGCUGAGUCCAUUGAUAAUAUCAGAGAAGCAGCUUGUAAUGUGUUCAAAAAUUUAGGACCUCAAUCUCCACAACAGUUUAAUAAGAGAACAAUGAAAGAACUACAACAUAUCUUUGAAAUGCAACUCACUGAUCCUGAACGAUUGAAAGAAAUAAGAAAAUACUCAGCAAUAUAUGGUAGAUUUGAUUCCAAAAGAAAGGCAGAAAAACAGCUCACACAGCAUGAGGCAUCUGUGAAUGAAGCUGCUGCACAGCUAUGCAGUAUUGAUCCAACUUAUCUUGCACAGAGAGACAAAUUAUUUCCUUUAGCAAGACAGGUAGUCCGUGAAAGUGGCUACAAGUUUAAACAUGGGCAUUCCAGGGCGGGCGUUUCCAAGGUACCUAGCAGUGAAGAUGAUUGCUCAACUCCAAAGAAACCCAAAAUAGAGAAUAAUAAUCCAUACAGAGAUAGCAACCUUGUACCAAACCCAAGAACUGUGCAGGCUGAACUAAUGAAACUUAAAAGACAGGAACGAAUGAAUGAAAUCCAGGAAGCUCUCAAAAUGAUAAAAAAGCAACAAGACUCAAUAAAAGUACUGGUAGAAGAUGCAAAGGGAAGUGACGACCUACCAAAGAUUUAUGAUCUACAAGUGAAGCUCGAGAAGUUAACAGCUGAGCAGCUUUCGUUGAUGACGGAACAGACUGAUUUAAUCAAGAGACAAAGAAGGUCAGACAGGUAUUAUGUUGCUAAAGCUAGAUUGUCUGCUGAUCCAGGUGAGAAUGGAUACAUUGACCAAGAUGAUGAUGAUGAUGACGAUGAUGAUGAUGAUUGUGAUGGCGAUAGCAGCUUGGCUGAUAAUGACAACCCUGACAAUCCAGACUUGCAUCAUGGUCACAGUACACGUGGCUCUAGUCAAGCAUCAUCCCCAUGCAAUGAACCAUCAGAGAACAGUAAGCAAGAAAAGACGAACAGAUCAGUCAAGAAAAACCAUCAUCAGACCCAAAAAAUUCUAAUGCAACAUAUGUUAAUGGAUGAAGGUUUAAGAAUUGCGCAAGAACAUGCCCUAGCUUAUGAGGAGGAAUAUAAACAACUUCAACAUGAUGGUGGUAAGAAGACGAGCAAAAGUGGGGAGUCUGUGAAUCUGAAUAAACGAGUUGAACAAGGCAAGGAAUCAGCUAGGGGUAACCAAGGUAGCGACAACAGUGAAAAUGAGGAAGAGGAAAAUAGCGAGUCCGCUGCUAAAAGAGCGGCUCAGAACACUAUCCAUGCUAUUUUAAACUUACAAGCUAAACCAGUGAUUAAACAAGAAAACAUCAUGUCAACGUAG